AUGCUGACGAACCCAAUCCUGAUCUUGGUACUUGAAGAAAAUAUAAAUGUGGAAAAUGCUGUAUACCAGACUUUCAAUCCAGUAAUAUACAGUAAUGAAGACAUCAUCACAUCUGCUAGACUAGAACUGUCUAGUGAUGAAAAUAGUAAUAUAGGAGAAGUUGUCCACGAGAAUUUUAAUCCAGAACUGUCUAACAAUACAGUGGCACCUGAUGAAAACUGUGGAAGUGUUUUGACUACAGACUCGAAUAAUGAUGCAAUUCCAUCCAGCUCAUUUACCGAUCUUCAACAUUCUCCAACUAAAGAAAUUAAUCCAGGUUUAACAAUAAAACGAAAGGGGAUUGCAGACCCCUCCACUUGGACCAGAAAUGUGAGAAAGGAAAAACGUGUGUCAGGUAAGACGUAUGAAAUGUGUGCCAGUAUUGGAGUAGAUCCAUUAUCAUCAGGUAAAGGUUUCUGGUCUGUAUUAGGAAUAGGAGAUUUUUAUUAUGAAUUAGCAGUACAAAUAGUAGAAGUCUGUUUAUCUACAACAGCAAAGAAUGGAGGCCUAAUAAGUUUAGAUGAGCUAAGAACAAGAUUAAUUAAAGCUAGAGGUCAAAGUAAAACCCAUCAAGAAAUUACAAAAGAUGAUUUAAUUAGAGCUGCCCGUAAAUUGAAAAUAUUUGGAAAUGGAUUUAAUGUUAUACCCAUGGGAAAAGACAGAUAUAUGGUCCAAUCUGUACCUGGUGAACUUAAUAUGGAUCAUUCAGUCUUGCUUCAGCAAGCGGAGAAAAAUAAAGCUUGUGUAUCUGCAUCACAUUUAAUCAGUGAACUAAACUGGGAAAGACAAAGAGCAGAAAAGGCUUUAGAACAUAUGAUUAACCAAGGACUGGCCUGGAUUGAUUCACAACAUCCUGAAGAACCUCAAUACUAUUUUCCUAGUCUGUACACUGCCUGUAUAAACUCAAAUGCUUGA